CAAACAGUUGGUGGCUGUUUUAUCGGAGAAGAGUAAUACCUGGGCGAAAAAUAUGGCCAGCAGUUCAGAACCAGCUGAUGAAACCACACCGGAGGAGCGAGAGAAACAGGUGACAGCCUGGCUUCGCAAAAUGCUCGGAAGAAGCGUCAGAGAGGACUUGGACGAUAAUGCAUUCGUCACCUUGCACAAGCUAAUGAAACUCCAAGAGGCUGCAGAAGAGGACGCACGGGGACGAAUCAAAGUUCUGAAAGAACGGACCAAGUUCUUCAACAAAAAAUCUGAAAAUCUUGAGGCUGGUCUUCGAGCUGGGAAAAUUGCACCAGACCAACUACCUGAAGAGGCACGCGACAUUGUUAAGACUCACGCCACUGUAGCAGUUCUUCUAGGAGUCAAAGACUCGCAACCUGAAAGCUUUGAAGAAAAGUUUGAAGGGCUUUUCCAGCAAUCUGAAGAACUGGAGGCCAGGCAGUCGAAGCUGCAAGCCAGCGUCGAAAGUCUGAAACAGCUUGAGAAGAGGAUGGAGCAGCAUUUGACGGAUGCGGCCAUCACGUACAAGCAUAUGACAGCAGCUGAUGAAGAAUACAGAUUCAGGAGGUGGCAAAGAGCUGUGAGGAAGUUAAAGUUUAAACAAAGGAAGGCAAUGGAACAGAAGAGCAGGAGACAGGAAUUGGCAGAGUUAACUCAAACUCUUUCACUUUCCAAGAAACUUGGCAGCCUUCAGCUACGAGUAAAGAAUGUUGACAGGAAGCUGCCCGUCACUGACCUGCCGCCGGACAGAGAUGCCAUAAGGAAGAUUCUUGAGCGAAAGAAAGUGGAGGUUGAAAUGAGUGAGACGAUCUUGACGAAUAACUUGAUCAGACAAAGAGCGCUAGUGGAUUGAGGAAGAGCCAGGCGGCGUCACCAGAAGACUAGUACAAGCAUCUGUACAUUACCAGAUCACAAGUGGAGCUUCUUUGCUGUUCAGAGACACCAGCGUCAAGAAAUCUGCGCGUUUUGUGCAAGUACUGCCAGCGCUUGAUUAAAAUUUGCAUUUUACAUUGUUGUGAGCUGUUCAAUGUGUCUUUUUUGUUUCA